AUGGAUAAGUUUAACUACCUCCGGACGUCACUGAGAGACGACGCACUUCUCCAUAUCAAUCCAAUCCAAGUUUCAGCGACGAAUUACAGCCUAGCAUGGAGCACUCUUGAAUCGAAGUAUGAGAAUCAUAAAUUGAUAGCUCAGGAGCAUAUGAAGGCACUUUUUGCCACAUCUGCCAUGCGAGCAGAAAGUUACGAAGCGUUGAAUGCACUGUUGUCGACGUUUAAAAUAAACCUUCAACAAUUAGAAAAACUAGGCCAGAAGACAAGCAACUGGAGCACAUUGUUAGCGUUUAUGCUCUCACAAAAAUUGGAUGCCGAAACAUACCGUCUGUGGGAAACCCACCAUGCUUCCAAAACCGUCCCCACCUACGAAGCCAUGGUUGAGUUUCUAGAAAACCAUUGUUCGAUCCUGCAGUCAACAGCCAGUCGCAGUGCCGACGAUCAUCAUCGAAACAUUAGAGCUCCAAUCAUUCAUAGUACAGUCACAUCAGAGGAAUCCUGCCCUAUCUGCCACAACGGAAGACACAACGCAGAGCAAUGCAUCAGAUUUAGCAGGAUGCGGAUUAUCGACCGGAAGUUUUUGGUGCGCAGAUUAGGACUCUGUUUGAAUUGUUUAAAUUCCGGACAUUUUACUGCUGACUGUUCGCAAGGAACCUGUUCUAAGUGUGGACAAUAUCAUCACGAUCUUUUGCACCCGUAUUCUCCCAACCAAAACAACCCAUCCAACAUGCAGAACUUCGCUCAAGACCCACGAAGACCUCAACGCGCGGACAGUCAAUCAAGAAGGGAACCUUAUACAUAA